AUGGAUGAUGCUGGGAAGAAGCUUCGACCUAUAGAAUGGGAUCAUUCUCAACUUCCUCCCAUCAAGAAAAAUUUAUAUCGUGAGCAUGCUUCUAUUACUCGGCGUGAACAAUCAGAAAUUCUUGAAUGGCUUAGAACCACUGAAGUCACUCUUGAGGGUGAUAACAUUCCUCGUCCGAUAUCCGAGUUUCAUGAGAGCGGGUUUCCACAAGAGAUAAUUGACCUUCUUUGUGCCCAUUAUCAUCGACCUACAACGAUUCAAAGCAUUUCUUGGCCCGUAGCUCUCAGUGGCCGUGAUAUGAUUUCAAUUGCAAAGACUGGUUCUGGCAAAACACUUGGCUUUAUUUUACCAGCUAUUGUGCAUACAUUGAAGUAUAAUCUUAAUCUUUUGAAUAUAAACACACAUGAAAUUUUUAGUCAGCUUCCUCGUCGUCCAAAUGAAGGGCCAACUGUUCUUGUUCUUUUACCCACUCGUGAGUUGGCUGUUCAAGUUGAAGAAGUUGCUCGUGAAUAUUGCCGUAUAAUGCACCUUGAAAUUAAUUGCUGUUAUGGCGGAGCAGCUAAGCAAGGCCAAGCAAGCGAUUUGAAGCGAGGUUUUUAA